AGCGAAGGAUGGCCGAGCCCGCGCCCGCCCCCCGCGUCAACAAGGCGCUCAUGGCCUCGUACGUGAACCGCACGGUCGCCCUCGUUGGCAGCAUGGAGAGCUGGACGGGCAACAGCGCGAUCAUCAAGGCCUCGGACGGCGGCCUCGUUACCGUGAUCCCGGCGCCCGGCGCCGACUACUCGAGCAAGUUCAUCGAAGUCAUUGGACUCGUCCAGCCUGACGGCUCGCUCCAAGAGUUCAAGUGCACGAGCUUUGGCGACAACUUUGAUCUCGGCAACUACGACAAGCUCGUUACGCUCAUGCACGGCAAGUUCGCGCCGAUGUUUAUCUAACGCCCGUCUAUGAAUUUGCCGCGUCGACUGUG